ACGGAAGUAGCACACGUCCAUUGUGAGGGUAACAGGUGAUCACAGAUAAAACAUCUCUGCGAUCAUGUCUGCAUUGGUGUAGCCUUAUUUUUUUACUACUACAUUGCUACCGAUAACUGUGACACACCUCUGCAGCCACUACAUUUGUUUACACAUUCAUUUAAGCCCACAACUUUGAAGACACGAUGGAGAGGGACUCCACCGGUGCUGCGGAAAACACGCAGCCUGCUUCGCCUUUGAGGAAAAACCUUAAUGAAGACAGGUGCGCAGCUGAUUCCCACACCUGCCGUGAUGGGACCUGUGCUGCUGCCACUGAUGUCGCCAGAGCCAGGUGGAUUCUGUUAAGACAGGUGUUGCGUCAGAAGUCAGUGGACAGUCCGCAGGUCAAACAGGCAUCUGUUCGCAGAUUUGCAACGUUUGACCUUUUCAGCAGGAAAAGGCUUUUCAAACAAGACCCCAGUGAUACCUCAGAUGGCCAGUGGGUGGAGUACAGAAGUGUCUUCUUUCCAGAGUACAGUGCCUCACUCAGGGAUAACAUGGGUCCACUGAAAGUGAAUGAAGUGCUCAACAGUUUCGACAACACUGGUAACGUCUGUGUGUGGCCGUCUGAAGAGGUGAUGGCUCAUUACUGUCUGCAGAAACGUCACAUGUUCAGGGGUGCAGUGUGUGAGUUAGGAGGAGGUAUGACUUGCCUUGCGGGACUAAUGGUUGCCAUUUGUGCUGACGUGAAGGAAGUUCUACUAUCAGAUGGGAAUGAGAAGUCCAUUCAGAAUGUACGAGGGCUCAUGGAGAAAAAUGGGCAAGCUGGAAAGUUUGGGUCAAGAAAUGUAUCUGCCAGGGUGGUGAGGUGGGACAUAGAGUCAGACAUUUCAGCACUAGAGGGUCACUUUGACAUCAUCAUGUGUGCAGACUGUUUGUUUCUCGACCAGUACAGAGCCAGCCUGGUUGAUGCAAUGAGGAGAUUACUGCAACCCAAGGGCAUGGCAUUGGUAUUUGCUCCACGUCGAGGUGAAACUCUGAAGCUGUUUUGUGAACUGGCUCAGCGAGCCGGACUCUACGUCUCUCAACACCAGCAGUAUGAUGCUCAGGUCUGGGAAGUUCACCAAACGAUGCAGAGAGAGGGAAAAGAAGCUUACGAUGAGGACAUCCACUAUCCUCUCCUCAUCACCCUGACCAAAGGACCACAACCUGUCAGCCACUCUCAGUAAAACAAAAGAAGUGAGCCCUCAACUUGACACACUACCAUGCUACAUGCCUUUGUACGUUUGAAAAGGAAUGAUGCAACACAAGUCAUUUCAACAAUCUAAUCAAAUUGCACUAAAAGAGCAGUAUUCAAAGAGGGUUGCGUUUACGUUGGUGAGGUGGCAGAACUCAAGUUGUGCUCAAGUUUGACGCAUUUUUAUAUUUACAUUGACCACAGUGUGUUUGUUUUGUAGUUUGAAGUGCUGUUGGGAACAAACUCAUUUCCAAAAGCAGUGGGGAUACAUUUACUGCAAAAAAAGAGUGUAAACUACCAAGUUUGUUUUGAUCGUCUGCCAUAUGAUGCUGAAACUCUUCUUAAAUACAGAUCACAUUUUAAUUCAAUUUCAUUUUACAGGGCUAUGUUGGUGUUGGAAUCUUUGUUUGAGCUGUAAAUCCAACACUUAUUCUGCCUCUAAUUUUACCCGCAUCACCACCAGCUCCACUAAUGUACAGAUUAUUAUUAAAACGUUUACUACUAAAGGCUGCAAGUCUAACUCCGCCUUCAGGUUGCGUAGUGUGUGACAGAGAACACACCCACAUCAGUUGUGGAGACUGCUACGACUUAGUUUUAUUGAAACUUGACCCCAGUACUGUGGAAUAGAUUAAACAAAUAACUGUAUCACUGCACACAGCCAAGUUUCCUUUCCUCUCACUCUGUUACUCAUUGUUCACACAUGACCAGGUCCAUGGAUGGGGCUGAGUCAUUGACUUAAAUGAAUAUAUUUAAAUCACUAAGUAAUGCACUGACAGAUGACAGGAAGAUGUAGAAGUAUUCUGUAUUAGAUUUAUGUUCUGCUCAUAUCACCUGUUACAGUUGUCGUUUUUGCCAAAAUACACAAAUAGAAGCAUACAGUAACUGAAGUGCAGCUCCAGAGUAUAUGUUACCACAGUGAUAUUAAAUGCUCCAAACCAAGAAAAAACGGCUGUUAAAAUAUGUCAGCGUCAAACUGACAAAUGAUGUGCAACCAUAGUCAUUAAAAGUCCAGUCUCGACUCUGGUCUUUACCCCUUACAUUCAGCCGUUUUGUCUUUGUAGUAUUAAGGUGGCAGUUGGUCAGUGAAGGCUGAAGUUGUACCUAUUACUAGUAACAUGUUUACAUAUUUCACUGUGAUCGUUGCUGUACACUGGAGCCAAGAAGCUAUGCAGUAAUCUCCCAAUGGCUGCUGUUUACACUUCUCAUGUUGGGAUAUACAGUAAUCCACCUGCAGACAUUUCACACAAGUAUUUCCUUUGGUUGCAGUAAAUUAACAUUAUCAGUCGUCUCAAUGCUUAGUAGACUUGAACUACAUUUACAUUUAGCAGUCUAUUUCUUUUGUACCUUUAUCUGUGCGCUAUCAUACUUUAUGAACACCAUCCUAACUGUGACUCUGAGCAGCGACUCAAUCGUGACAUCGCCACCACUAAUUGUGAUGCGGCGCUGGCAUCGGUAACUGUCACUGUGUGCUGACAUCUGCAACAUCUGGCCAAAUCCUCACCUGGUGCAACCACAAGCUUGUUGUGAUGUUCCGUUUUCACACGCACUUCUAUAGUUGUGAUAAUAUUGCACCACUCCUUCACUGUGACAUUAGCAAAUAGACAAAAGGCCGCUGCCGGGUCAUGUUGAUGUAUUUGUUAUAUGGAAUUUAACAGUUGGUGUAGAAAACAGAGAAUCACAGAGGAGAGCUUUGUUGCAGCUGUGAACUGCUCUGAGCGAACAUCAAACAGAGAUGCUCCAGUCGCCAGGAUCAAAUGUUGCAAUUGUACAUUUCUGCAAACCAUAGAUAAGUGCAAGCUCACGUCUUUGAACCAACAAUUUAUUGUUGCUAUUUACAUGUACAAACCUGGAUAUCGUUGUAAAGAGUUGUGGCACUUUUGGUGUUUUAAAGAAAUGUGACUGAAAAACAAUUUUAUGCACCUAUUUCAACAUGAUUAUGAGUGAAAAACAACUCUGUCAUUAAUCUGUGGUUAAGUUUUUUGUUUGUUUGGUCUUUUUUUUGGCACAAAAAGCACUUAGUUUGGAUUUGGAUAAGAUAAUGGUUUUUCCCUCGUAGUGUCACAACAUCCUCUCCAUGAAAACACAGCAGAACAACAAAUCCUUUAACGAUUUGGGCUCACGCUGCAGCUUGGUGGACAUUUAGCCAAAACAACAAAUUCAAAUAUUUGACUCUGGAUUUUCCAAAUGUUGAUAUGCAAGGUGGGGAGGGGGUGUGUGUGGGACCACACUGCACAGUCACAUGUCUCUGCUUUUUCCUCCUGUAACACAGCUCAUUGAGAUCUUUGAUCAUAUGCUGGCCAUGUCCAUACAAAUCCUGCUCUAUUUGAAAGUGAAUCUCAUUUUCUUUCCACAGUAAAUCACAAAACCUCAACCUCCAACUGAACUUGUUCCAUUUUACUGUGCAGGGAUUCUGGGCAUGUUCAAGAGGGCUUAAGGGUUCUGUGCAUGGUCAAAUGCAGUAGCAUUAAUAAGCUUUUUUUAUGGAUUAUAGUUGCUACUGUGCUUAAGAGAAAUGUCAGUUCAUGUGUGGAUGUGGCCUCAUAUCAUGAGUUUCUCCACUUAGUGAAUCAAAUUCCCCCUGCUUCACAGUAAUCACUGGGUUGUACCUGGCAGUCUAUAUUUUUUGUGGAUGAAUAAGAAUAAAAACUUUUUUCUUAAAGAAA